AUGCCAGUUGUUUCUAAUAGAGAUUAUGUCUUUAGACAAUCAACACGUAAAGUAGGGGAUGAUUACAUCUUAUACAAUUUCUCUGUUGUUCAUGACAAAUUCCCUCCAAAUCCAAAAUUUGUUAGAGCUUCAUUCUCUAUGAGUGGGUAUUAUAUUCAGAAAACUGAAAACGGAUCUAAGGUUACUUGUAUUGCUAAUAAUAAUUGUGGUGGUUCUCUUCCUUCUUUCCUUGUCAACUCUCAAGCUAAAAAUGUUCUUCCAAAAACUAUGGACUCAAUUAAAGUUGCUACAACAAAAUAUAAUGCCUGGAAAGAAAAGCAUAACCCUGACGUAAAACCAUGGAGAAAUAUUGUUGAGCCCACAGAAUAA